AUUACUUUUUAUUAUUUUUUCGGUAUUUUAGCCGUACGGUUGUUCUUGAGUAAAACGGACGCGCGAAAAAAUAAAAAUAAAAAAACUAUAUCGAAAUUGCUUGAACAGAAAGAGUACAACGUGUGUUGUGUGAAUGUGUUUUUGCUAUUGUGCGAUGUUUUAAGUUCUUAAAAUAAGAAUUCAAAAAUAAAAGAUUUUCUUCUUAGAUAUUUCACAGAGAAAAUAACAAAACACAGCGAAAACUGAACGAUAAUAAAUUCAUAUCCCUGGACUACCCCUUUCCUAAGGAGAGCUGCUAGAGCUCCAGCCGCCAGAUAUAAUAAAACCUUGAGUGAUUUACAAUACUCCAGCUAUUUUAAGGGCAUAAAUUUAAAUUAGUUGCAUUCAGGAGCAUAGUAACACAAAUCCAAUCAACCCAACAUGGGAGCGACUAAGCCUAGAGUCAAUAGGACUCUGAUAUCAUUGAAAGUUGUAACUUUCUUUGUUUUAAGUGGUCUCACCGCCCUGCAUAUCGUCAAUAGCCAGAAACCCAUCGAUUUGGGCCUGUACUUUUCGGAAUAUCGUGAAAUUACCAUUAUUGCCGCAUUCGUUUCAAUAUUGGGUCCAUUGAUUGUGGGCCCCAUUGCGGAUCGUGUGGCUGCCAAGAAUCCCAAUAGCUUUGGCAAAACUUUGCGAAUUCUCACCGCCAUCUGUCUGAUUAUAACCAGUGUGAUAUAUGCCUGUUUGGUGGCGGUACCUGAAGUAUCACGCAAAGAGGAUCAUCUGCCUAUGGUCAGUUUUGCCUGUGACUCAAAUGGCGCCAUUAUGUUUCAAGAAAGUUGCUCCACCGAAUCCAGCUGCCGUCAUUGGGAUAAAAAGGUGGGCAGUCUUGAUUUGACCAAUUGCACUUAUACCUGUCAAAACCCCAACCAAUAUGAGAAUAUGUACACGCCCUGGUUGGAAAGUAUACCCACACCUUCGCCAUCCACUGAACACAGUUCGGAGUUUGAUUAUGAAGAUGAGGCCAUAUCGUCGGUAACUGAAAGUUUACGUGCAAGACGCAAUGCAGAAUUUGGUGGUGGCGAAGUGAUGAGCGGUGAAGUGGCGGCGAGACAAACUAGGGCAGCGAAAUCAGCGCCCAGUAAGAUUUAUGUGGAACCCCCACAUAUCUGUAUGACCGGUAUGGAUGAACAUGGAAACACUAUUAUCAAAAACUGCCAUGUAUACACCGAUGAUACGCCCAGUAUUAAUGUGCACACUGUGAUGAGAGCUGCCACAAAUGUGGAAAAUGAUACCCAUGCUGCUGAAUGGUGUCACUAUCCUUUGGAGGGUUUCCAAUGUCAUAUACCAUUGCAGCAGGUCAACUACAUGGUGGAAUUGAAAAAUGGCACCGAAUGCACCCCCAUGAUUGAAUGCCAACUCAAGAAUCCCUAUCAUGCCAAAGGCAGCCUUAUGACCCACACAGAGUGUGUAGCCACAGAGGGAGAUGUGGGUGUCACCUAUGGAGCCUAUAUUGCCAUUCGCAUAUUGGGAGACAUUUUCGCAUUGGCCUCAUUUACCCUAUUGAAUACAGCCAUAGUGAUUGCAGUGCGCGAAACCUCUGAGGGUAGAGGAGAAGUUUGCCGCCAAUAUGCCUGGGGUGCUUUGGGCUAUGUGGUGCUCUUCAGUCCCUUGAAACUGAUCUUUGCCGAGGCUGGAGGAGUGGACGUUGUGCUCAUAGUCUUGAUUAUUUGCUUCCUGAUUGGCUCCAUUGUUUUGCUGUUUGCCGCCCAAAUGCCUUUGAGCCCGCCCGAAUGGUGGUGGCACACCAAGACAGGCAUGCUGGUCUACCCCAUGUCUGCCAUACGCAAAUAUAGUCCUGAAAUCUUUGUACUCACCUUGGUGGCCAUUCUGUUUGGUACCUUCUGGGGCAGCAUUCACUCGUAUCUGUUGUGGUCCUUCAUUGGCGACUAUGCGGUAUACUUUGCCAGCUUGUUGCUGGUUUUGGUGCUCUUCCUGAAUGUGGACAAAUUCAUUGAGUAUUGUGGUCACUCCAACAUCUUCAUUGCCGGCUUUGCCAUGUACAUCAUACGCUUUACCGCCUUCGCCAGUGUGGACACCAAAUGGCUGACAAAUAUUAUGGAGAUUUUCGAACCAGUCAUCAUAGGGGUCAUCUGGAUCACCAUUAUUUUGUAUAUGCGCCAUGCCAUGCCGCGCAAACUCACUGCCACGGGGCAGGCCAUUGCUGUUUUGUCCUUCUUCGGUUUGGGCAAAGGCAUUGGAGCCAUCAUCAGUUUGGUACAUGAGGACGAGACGGGUUUCUUCAGCGAGGAUGAUUGCAUCAAGUUCGAGUGGUUGGCCGUGGUGGCCUGCAUUGUGGCCUUAACCUAUUUUGUUAUCUACAACUUGAUAUUGGCUCCCCGCUGUGCUGCCAAGCCAGUGCAUUUGGACGAUCUGAUGUCGGGCUCAGCUUCACAGACCUUUGCCAAUGGGGCCGGAGGCAAUGGCAGCACUGGCGGCACCUUGGGCGGUCAUGGCACUGGAACCGGCAACGGCAGCAAUUAUUCGCCUCUGCGUGUGUACCACAACGAGCGCGGAAAGAAGGGUCAAUUUAGGUAUUAAACACCCAACUCACCCAAAGUGAUGUCUUUAGUUAAAGCCCCACUCACACACACACACACAUAAAUACAAACUCAAACAGACACCACCACCACCGCCAACACAUUAUUAACUGAUUUUAUUUGUCCAAAAAAAAAAGAGAAAAACGAAGAAGAAAACAAUUUGAAGCGAACCCUACGAUGUCGACUAAAUCAAAAUGUUUUGUGAAUUGAUAACAGCUUUACUUUUGAAUGCUAUGCACUGCGCAAUGUUAGACCCCCCCUCACUCAUGAAAUGGUCCUACGACUUGUGGCAAUUCGAUAACGAAUUGUUAGGCUAGAAUGUGUUUUAUAAUUUCUUGUGGUACCUUCUUUUUUUCAUAAACUAAACAAAAACAUAAUUUAUAUUUUGUAAUGUUAUUUUUUUAUAACAAAACAAGUGUUUUUAAGUAUUUUUUUUACAAUAAUUUGUUUUUUUUAUUUUAAAUACCGAAAUGAAACCAAUUUUAUAAAUAAACAAUUUAUUUUUGCCCUCCGCCUGACCUAUGAAAAUAACUCAAGAAAAAGUGCAACAAUUAAAAAAGAAAAACACGAAAAACUAUAACAAACUACUAUUUGUGUUCAAAUAGUCUGCCAUGUUUUAAGUUUCCCUUUUUUACUGUACAUUUUUUUUGUUUCCCUUAUCAAACUAAUAUAUUAUAGAAUUUUUUUAAAUAAGCCCUAUAUUUUAAGUAAAAACGUACAGAGAAAAUUUUUUUAAAAAACAAAAUCCAAAUGAAGCAGCAACAACUCUUUGAGAAUAAUAUAGAUAUUUUUUAUAUAUGUAUAAAUUAUUAUUCUAUAUAUAAAUAUAAAUAUUGGCAUUGAAAUUUGAAAAAUAAAUAUACAAUAUAAUCGCCUCAAUCAAUCAAUCAAUCAACUCUGCUAUAUGUGUAUUUUUCGAACUCAAAUAAAAUAUAAACUCUAAAACUUCAACAAAAAUGUGGAAAAAAAAAGCAGAAAUGUAAUAAUUGUUAAGCUCAUUUCAGAAAAACAAAACAAAAAAAAACCAGAAAGAACAAAUUUUAAAAAUAAAACUUAAAGUGAAAACAAAA